AUGAAGUUCACUGCCUCUGCUAUCGCUCUUGGUCUUGCCAGCCUUACCUCGGCCGUUUCUGUUUCUUUUGACACCGGUUACGACGAUGCCGGCCGCUCCCUGACCGCAGUAUCCUGCUCAGACGGAGCCAACGGCCUCAUCACCAAGGGGUACUCCACCCAGGGCUCUCUCCCAUCAUUCCCACGUGUCGGCGGAUACCAAGGUAUUGCUGGCUGGAACUCCGCACAGUGCGGCACAUGCUACGGAAUCACCUACAAUGGAAAGACCAUCUACGUCCUUGCCAUUGAUAGCACGCUGAACGGCUUCAACCUCGCAAAGGCAGCCAUGAACGAGCUCACCAACGGCCAAGCUGACCAGCUGGGCCGCAUCGAUGCGCAAUUCGCUCAAGUCGCCGUCGGCAACUGCGGACUCUAG